AUGGGAAUCCCCCUAAAUGACGAGAAAACCCUAUACACAUUGUUUUUUGCGGACGACCAAAUACUACUAGCCCAAGACCAACAAGACCUCGAGUACAUGACAAGAAAACUCAUUGAAGAGUAUGAGAAGUGGGGGCUAGAACUUAAUAUUGCGAAAACCCAAAGAAUGAGCAUAGGAGGAACUAGAGAAGAUGUCGUACUGGAAGAUGGACGAGUAAUUAAAGAUUGUGAGGAAUAUAAGUACCUAGGAUUGAAAAUAACUAGAGAUGGAUUGAUGGAUGAGGGGAUAAAGGAACGGGUAGUUCUGGGCAGGAAGGCGAUAUCAAUGUUGAAUGGAGUUGUAUGGGAUCAAAGAAUAUCCAAAGACAACAAAAAGAGAAUAUAUAAUACCAUUGUAAGAAGUAUGAUAACCUAUGGAAGUGAAGUUUGGCGGUUGAAAAAGAGAAUGGAGAAUGUACUGUUGGCGACCGAGAUGGAUUUUUGGAGGAGGGCAGCAGGAAGAUCUAGGACUGAAAGGAUAAGGAAUGAAAGAAUAAGAGACAUCAUGGGUAUAAAACACACAAUUGUGGACGACAUCAGAACAAAACAAUUGGUAUGGUUUGGGCAUGUCCAACGAAUGCCAGAAGACAGAAUACCCAAACAGACAUUGCUGUGGAAACCACUAGGGAGAAAUAGAAGAGGUAGACCAAGGCUGAGCUGGAGAGAGGGAAUUGACAGAGAACUAAGAGAUAGAGACAUACCUGAGGAUUUGUGGACAAAUAGAGAGGAGUGGAGAUUGGGUGUCGGAAAACGACGUAGAACGUUUUGA